GCGUUCGAGUGUAUUUAUUGAUUUCCUUUCCCCUUCUCAGGGUGUAACAUUUUGGAGGCACCGCUGGGAUAGGGAAAACAGACCACCGAGCAUACAUGGAGAAAUGGAAACAAGAAAUGCAGGAGGCACAUGAAAUAGUACGAGAGAACGCAAAGAAGGCAGCAGAGAGAAGUAAAAAACAUUAUGAUGGGAAAGUAAGAAGCUCUGUGCUAUGUCCUGGCGAUCGAGUCCUUGUUCGAAACCUGACACCUAGGGGAGGAACUGGAAAGCUUCGUAAUCACUGGGAACAGGAUAUUCAUGUUGUGAUCCGUCAGGUUGCAGAAGGCCUCCCGGUGUAUGAAGUCAAGCCUGAGCAAGGAAGAGGAAGGUCAAGAACCAUGCAUCGCAACUUGUUGCUGCCGUGUGAUUACUUACCUCUGGAAACUCAGCCAAAAGCACCACCAAAGCAAGAGAAAAGAAGGGUGAAGGAGACAGAGACAGAAAAUGCAGAUCAGAAAGAGGAAGAUGAAGAAGAGGAAUGGGUGUACUGUUACAAACCAGUAAUACAGUCUCAAAUGCCCCAUGCAGACGGAAUGAUUGAGGGUGCAGACACACAACAGGACAGUGGUCAGGAGAAACAAAAUUUGAGUGAUGAUGAAUUGAUUGAAGGAAGGCUCAUAGCAAACACAGAUGAGCCUGAAACACAGCAGGAAAAUGUGCCACAGGAAGAGAACUAUCAGGACAGGGAUGAGAGCUUAGUUGAAAAAGCAGUGGAUGAAAUUCCAGCAUUCCAACAUCCAGAGCCACCUGGAGGAGAAAAAGAACAGACAGAUGGUGCACCAAGGAGGGAAAGACGAGCCCCUAAAGUCUUCACCUAUGAUCAACUUGGGACUCCAACAUGCUAUAGUACAGCAUAUGGAAAUGAAAGGCUCUACCAACAUCAGCCCAUACAAUAUCAACACAUUCGACCAGUGACACUGUGGACCAAUCCAUUCCAGACCUACCAACCUAUAAGUAUGCAAGGAUACUAGACACAGAUUCAGUGCCGAAAAUGAUGAAUGAAGAGAACAGAUCACUAAAUUUGGGUGAUUAAUUGGCGGUACCCUCCCACCGAUCACGUGGUUGAGCCAACUAGGAUAUAAUGACUUAAGAACCCUUGGGUUAUGAGUGCUGUGAUGUCGGGACGACAUCUAACUUUGUAGGGGAGAGUGUGAUAGGUGGAUUUUAUUAUUCUAUUGAUUAUUAAUCAAAGUUCAUAAUUGAGGUAAAUAUCUCCAUGGGAAUUGUUAAGAAUAUAACCUAUCAUUCUUCCAUCGGUGAUCUACUUGUUGAGCCUUUUUGUUAAUG